AUGGCGGAGGAGCCCAUCGUGCCGGUGUAUUGCACCGGCGUUUCGGCGCAGGUACAGCGGCAACGGGCGAAGGCGCUGGGCUUGGGGCGACACGACAACGCGGUGCGGUACCUGGGGCAGGACUACGGGCGUUUGGUGGAGGAAUGUCGUCGUUCCGGCACCUUCUUCGCGACCCAAACCUUCCCGCCGGCUCCGGCAUCCCUCGGCUUCCGCGAGCUGGGACCCGGCACCGCCAAAACCCACGGCGUCCAGUGGAAGAGGCCAACGGUGAGACGCGGCCGCCCGCAGUUCAUCGUGGACGGGGCCACCCGCACCGACAUCUGCCAGGGAGCGCUGGGUGACUGCUGGCUGCUGGCGGCCAUUGCGUCCCUGACCCUCAACGAGACCCUCCUGCACCGCGUGGUGCCGCACGGGCAGAGCUUCCAGCACGGCUACGCCGGCAUCUUCCACUUCCAGAUCUGGCAGUUCGGCGAGUGGCUGGACGUGGUGGUGGACGACUACCUGCCCACCAAGGACGGGAAGCUGCUCUUCGUCCACUCCGCCGAGGGCACUGAGUUCUGGAGCGCCCUGUUGGAGAAAGCCUACGCCAAGGUGAACGGCUGCUACGAGGCGCUGUCGGGCGGCAGCACCUCGGAGGGUUUCGAGGACUUCACCGGCGGCGUGACCGAGUGGUACGACCUGCGCAAGCCCCCCGCCGACCUCUACCAGAUCAUCCUCAAGGCGCUGGAGCGCGGCUCCCUGCUCGGCUGCUCCAUCGACAUCACGAGCGCCUUUGACAUGGAGGCGGUGACGUUCAAGAAGCUGGUGAAGGGCCACGCGUACUCGGUGACGGGGGCCAAGCAGAUCAGCUACCGCGGGCAGGCGCUGGGCCUGAUCCGGAUGCGCAAUCCCUGGGGUGAAGUGGAGUGGACGGGCCCUUGGAGCGACAACUCGGCCGAGUGGAACGCGGUGGAGCCGGUGCUGCGGCAGCAGCUGAUGGUCCGGAUGGAGGACGGUGAAUUUUGGAUGUCCUUCCGCGAUUUCCUACGGGAAUUCACCCGCCUGGAGAUCUGUAACCUCACGCCCGACGCUCUCCUCCACAAAUUCCGCAAGUGGAACACGCGGCUCUACGACGGCACGUGGCGGCGCGGCAGCACGGCCGGCGGUUGCCGGAACUACCCCGCCACUUUUUGGAUCAACCCGCAAUUUAAAAUCCAGCUGGAGGAGGUGGACGACGAGCGGGAUGGGGACGGCGGGCGCGAGCCCGGCUGCAGUUUCCUGCUGGCGUUGAUGCAGAAACACCGGGUCUGGGGUCCCAUUUGGGGGGUGUAG